AUGAAAGAACCUAGCCUAGAAGAAGUAGAUGAUGAGCUAGAAAUAUUCAACAAUGAAGAGAUAGAAGAAGUUUUUGCUGAUCAUGGAGAAGCUCUUAUUGUUUGUCGUAACCUUAACACUGUUAUGAUGACAGAAGAUGAAAGUUGGCUUUGUCAUAACAUAUUCUAUACAAGGUGCACAUCUCAAGGGAAGGUUUGUAAUAUCAUUAUUGAUAGUGGAAGUUGUGAGAAUGUUGUUGCCAACUACAUGGUGGAGAAGUUGAAACUUCCAACUGAAGUAUAUCCUCAUCCUUACAAGUUACAAUGGUUGAGAAAAGGAAACGAAGUUAAGGUAACCAAGUGCUGUUGUGUUCAAUUCUCUAUUGAAAAUAAGUAUGAAAAUGAAGUCAGGUGUGAUGUUAUCCUAAUGGAUGCAUACCACUUGUUGUUAGGACACCCAUGGCAAUAUGAUCGUCGAGCUCACCAUGAUGGAUACAAGAAUACUUAUUCCUUCAUCAAAUAUGGAGUAAAAAUUAUGUUGACUCCAUUAAAGCCAGAAAACCGAUCAAAGAGACCAAAGGAAGAUAAAGCACUCAUCACUAUGGUUGGCUUAAACAAAGCUUAUCUUGAGUCAAACCAUUUACGUCUCUUAUUAGUCUCUAAGGAGAAUGAAGUAUCUUCACCCUUAUCCAAGCAUGGUCAAACAAAAUUGGUCAACAAAAGUUUUGAAAACUUAUUGAGAAGCUUUGUAAACAACCAUGCCAUUAACAAGACAACAGUUAAGUAUGAUUUUCCUAUCUCUCGAUUGGAUGACAUGCUCAUUGGUUCUAAGAUGUUCCAUGCACUUAAUGCUAUGCUGAUGUUGUCUUUGUUCCCCUUUAACUUUUCUGAUGUUGUGGUGGGUUAUUAA